AUGGGCAUCUCCAAGCGCAGCCGCGAUAACGACGACCAACUCCACCCAAACGACAGCAACCCAAAUCAUAAGAAAAUGAAGACGAAGACAAGCAUCCUUCAGAACAAUAGAGAUAUACCGCAAACCACGACACAACCCGAAACCCAAAAAUCCCUAAACUGGACAAGCCUAGGUGAGCGAGUAAAGCUUAGGCACGGCCAUACAAGCGAUGCGUCUGUGCGCAGGGACGUUGAUCAGUUCUCAGAUUUCGACCAGAACGGUACUUUAGUCGAGCAAGUUGAUAAAGAGACAAAGGUUUCGUACUCGACAGUCGAUGAGGAGAACGAGAAUGGCGCAACAACCACUGGCGAAGCACAAAUACUCGGCGACGAAGCACUUACAACGUCCGACGAUGAGGGAAGUGAUACAACUAUCGAUGCGCGCACAGAUGGCAGCAACGAGGAUCUUGUAGCCACCGCGGAGGCACUUAUAAAUAUCGGAGAAAGGCAUGCAGUCCCCAGCGCAUCACCUGAGAGAGCUGCAGAGGCACUUUUACUCUUUGCCGCCCACGACAUCCGCGCAGCCUCUGAGGAGGUCGUUGCCACAGCUGGAUCGUACGCGGGGGCUAGUGGAGGUUGCACAGAAACUGGUGAACAACGGACUACCAACGAGCCCCAAACGACACUUGAAGUCCAGCUCGAAGUGCAAGUUGCUGCAGAAACACUUGCUCGACUCCACUUAACCAGGCCAGCAGAAGCGCACGAUGUGAUAACUGCAGAUGACGAAGCAAGCGCAGCACCGAGUACUUGGAAACCUAGAGUGGCAAGGAUAUCAGCAAUCAUAGCAGAUGAACCAGGCCCAUCUAAGCCAUUCGGAGAUUCAACCCAAGUGGCAUCAAAAGCAUAUUCCCCUUCCCCAUUGUCGGCAUCGACAACCCCAUCAGCAUCAGAACCAGGACCAACACCCGCAGAAACUGCAGAAACCGCCCGCCUCGCUCGCCUCGCCCACAUCGACACCCUCAUGAUCCCCCGCUGCCCCGUGCAACGCUACCUCCUCGGUCUCCAGCAUACCUUAAACGCCAAACAGACGAUAUACAAGUGGGAGGGCUGCUGGUAUGGGCGGGAGGGUUGGCGGCGCGAGAUAUUGGAGUGGAUGCAGCUGGAGAGAGAGAUCAGGGGGAUGGGCAUGGGGGAGUGGGAGAACGUCUGUGAUUUUGAGGAUGACUGGGAGGACGUUGAGGAUGAUGAGGACGCCGAGGGGUGA